AUGGGUCGUCGCGGGCGGACUGGGCGGAGGGCCGUGGGCGUCGGGGCUUUGCUGUGGGCGGCGGUGCUGGUGGCGGUGGUCGCCUCCGUGGCCGCUGCUGAGAAGUUCGUGUUUACGUUCAAGGAGAAAGGCAGCCGCUUCUUCUUGGCCAAGGGAUUCGCGCUCGCGGCUCAUUAUGACGUCACCGUCCUGCCAUCCGCCUGUCACUGCCGCCGCCGUUGCGAGGUGAUCCCCUCGUGCCACUCGGUGUCCAUAGUGCCACGGGGCGCAGGGAGGGUGGAGUGCCGCACCUCCAGCAGGCCAGGCACCCUGAGCCAAUGGUCGGACCGCCCUGCCCUCCUGCAGACCUCGGGCGCCACGCACAUCCUCCAGACAGCUUCGAGUGAAUGGGAUGAGCCGGAGGUCGAUGGAAUGUUCUAUUACGUCAAAAGGCAUUCCUCCAAUUCCCCGCUAUGCGAUUCUGGCCACGAAUUUGCCACAGCCAAGUCGCCGACCCAGUACGAGAUCUUCAAGAAGCACUACGGAACCUACAACACUCCCCUGUGGGUUGGCCUUCGUCUGCACAACGUCGCCAACACUACCGUCUACAAGGCUUACUGGGAGAACUCGACCACGACCAACCCGCCGGAGGAACUUCCUUACGACCAGUCUGGGCUCCCCUCGUCGGCUCUAUAUGCUGAUCACGACGACGAAUACUAUUUCUACUUGACCAAGGCUGGCUCCGAGUACGAGUUCCAUACCAGCAGUCCUUCCCCCAAGUACACUCUGUGUCAGGCGAACAAGUUGCAGCUCAACUGGCCUUGAGUUUGACUGACUCGGGGAAUCUGUUCUUGCUGCCCGUGAUAGGGAGGCGGCUCUGCCCUGCUGU